AUGGGAAAAGGAAAAGAAUGCAGUGAAAGCGAAACCAUCCAGCUCUGUCGCUCGUGGCUGGAGACCUCCGAGGACGCUAACAAGAGCGAUGAAGACAAGGAGGAUCGCUCGGAGACUGCCAUCAACGGCCGCUGGAAGAAGUUGCAGCCGGAGGUCACCAAGUACUGUGGGGUGUACGGCAAACAGGAGUUUAAGUUCCUCCCGGCGUGGAAGGAGUUGAAGGCGGUGGGUGUUGCCGGCACAGCUGGAGCGCCGCCAGCCCCCGACCACGAGCAACCUCGAGCUGGAUCCAUCCUGACAUCGACCACGACUUCUCUUGAAGCCAACAAGGAAAACGAGACCAACACAAGCACUGAAACUUUUUCAACUACGUUAGUUUAA